AUGCCCAUCAUGGCUUUGCGGGCUGCCACGUUAGCUGUGGCAAUUGGGAGCAUCCAUGGCGUGCUCCUCCAGAGACAGUCUCUACAGCAGGUGGAUCCACUGGCUCGCUGCGUAGAUGGCAGCCCCGCCAUCUACUACUGGAAGGCGUCUUCCUCGAGCAACAGCUCCACCUGGAUCGUUGACCUCGAAGGCGGCGGCUGGUGCGACAGCAAGGAGGACUGCUUCCUGCACUGUUUGGGGACGCCGCAUCUUUGCAGCUCCAAGCUCAUGCCUGAGACGAUAGACAAGCAGGGUCUGCUGGAUGACCUGUUGGAUCCGGUGCUGAAGGAUGCGAAUAAGAUCUUCAUCAGCUACUGCACCUCUGACGGUCACAUGGGCGAUGGCUCCUCCUGGAAUCUUCAGUUUCGGGGUGCCCGUGUGGUGCAGGCGGUUUUCCGGGACCUGAUGCAGCGCUUCCACUUCGCCUCGGGUGAUAGGCGGCAUCUGUUGGUCCUGGGCGGUCAAUCCGCUGGGGCGCGCGGUGCCAUGGAACCUCAGACUAAGUAG